GAAACAAGUUAAAAUGAAUGUCAAUAUUCUGUUAGUGGCCUGUGUAGUUUCUGGCAUUCUAGGGGCCUGCCAAGGAGGCCAGCUGAGGAAGAAUUUCUACAAGAACACGUGUCCUUCAGCAGAGGAGAUUGUCAGAAAUGUCACCUGGAACCAUGUCUCCAGUAACCCCAACUUGCCAGCGAAGCUCUUGAGAAUGCAUUUCCAUGACUGUUUCGUCAGGGGUUGUGAUGGAUCGGUUUUGUUGAAUUCGACAGCAAACAACACGGCAGAGAAGGACGCAGCUCCAAACUUAUCUUUGGCAGGUUUUAAUGUUAUUGAUGAUAUCAAAGAAAACCUAGAGAACAAGUGUCCAGGAAUUGUAUCUUGUGCUGACAUCUUGGCUUUGGCUGCCAGAGACUCUGUUUCAUUCCAAUUCAAAAGAUCGUUGUGGAAAGUGCUCACGGGUAGAAGAGACGGCACAAUUUCACGAACUAGAGAGGCCUUGAUCAACAUUCCACCACCUGUCUUCAAUUUCACCCAACUCAAACAGAGCUUUGCCAGCAAGAAUCUUACAGUACAUGACCUUGUGGUUUUAUCAGGUUCACACACAAUUGGAGUAGGGCACUGCCCCACCUUUAGUAACAGACUCUACAACUUCACUGGAAAGGGUGACCAAGACCCUUCUCUAAAUGCAACCUAUGCUGCAUUCCUCAAGACUAAAUGCCCGAGCCUCAACGACACUACCACCACUGUGGAAAUGGACCCUGGGAGCUCUUUAAAAUUUGACACUGGCUACUAUGCCACCCUCAAGCAGCAAAAGGGACUCUUCCAAUCUGAUGCAGCCCUUUUAACAAACAAGGGUGCCGCCAAUAUCGUACAGGAAUUGGGUGACAAUGAUAAGUUCUUCACAGAGUUUGCUCAAUCAAUGGUGAGGAUGGGAGCCAUUGAGGUCCUCACUGGCACGUCCGGUGAGAUUAGGAGUAAAUGUUGGGCUGUGAAUUCCAAUUAAUCAAUCCAAUUAUUGGGUGUUUGCCAUGAAUAAAGCAUAGCCUAGCUAGCUAGCUAGCUUGUGGGCUUGCUUCAAUAUAUCCUUCAGUAUUUGUGCGUCUCUAGUAAAUUAGCAAUGUGGCUCUAUCUAUAGCCUCUGUUCUGUAAUAUUGUUGUCAACUUGUAAUGGAACUCGGGUGCAAGGGAGAGGUCAGUA